AUGAAGAAUAAGAACCGACAAACGAAAUUUCCUGUCGCCCGGAUAAAGAAGAUAAUGCAGAAAGACGAAGAAGUGGGCAAGGUAGCGCAAGCCACACCCAUCGUGAUAUCGAAAGCCCUGGAGAUGUUCCUCGGGCUCAUCAUUGAAGAAGCGCACAAGGUCACGUCAGAACGGGGGUCGAAAAAGGUGGAGGCGUAUCAUCUGAAACAUGCUGUGGAGACAACAGAGAUGUUGGACUUUUUGAAGGAGAUCGUGGAGGGCGUGCCGGACCCUUCGGCGGGUGGGACGAUUGAUAUGGAUGUAGGACCGACUGAGGGUGGGAAGAGGAAGAGAGGGAAGGCGAAGAAGGAGGGUGCCACAGCGAAGGAUAGGGGGCCUGAGGGGGCACCGACGAAGAGGAGGAGAAAGAAGAAGGGCGAGGAGGAACAGGUCGUAGUGAAGGAGCAAGAGGAGGUGAAGGACGUUGUGAUGGAACCAGAGCCAGAGCAGGAACAGGAAGAGCAAGACGAAGAGGAAGAACAAACGAUGAAUGGCCAUGGGAAUGACGAUGACUGGGAUGGAGACGACAAGCCGUUCAUGCCUAGACGCUAG